AUGGUAGAGGACAUCAUGGGUGAUAUGAUACAUGACAUGGUAGAGGACAUCAUGGGUGAUAUGAUACAUGACAUGGUAGAGGACAUCACAGGGGAUAUGAUACAUGACAUGGUAGAGGACAUCACUGGGGAUAUGAUACAUGACAUGGUAGAGGACAUCACUGGGGAUAUGAUACAUGACAUGGUAGAGGACAUCACGAGAGAUAUGAUACAUGACAUGGUAGAGGACAUCAUGAGGGAUAUGAUACAUGACGUGGUAGAGGACAUAUCUGGGGAUAUGAUACAUGACAUGGUAGAGGACAUCAUGAGGGAUAUGAUACAUGACGUGGUAGAGGACAUAUCUGGGGAUAUGAUACAUGCCAUGGUAGGGGACAUCACUGGGGAUAUGAUACAUGACAUGGUAGAGGACAUCACUGGGGAUAUGAUACAUGACAUGGUAGAGGACAUCACUGGGGAUAUGAUACAUGACAUGGUAGAGGACAUCACUGGGGAUAUGAUACAUGACAUGGUAGAGGACAUCACUGGGGAUAUGAUACAUGACAUGGUAGAGGACAUCACGAGGGAUAAGAUACAUGACAUGGUCGAGGACAUUACUGGUGAUAUGAUACAUGACAUGGUAGAGGACAUCAUGGGUGAUAUGAUACAUGACAUGGUAGAGGAUAUCACUGGGGAUAUGAUACAUGACAUGGUACAGGACAUCACGGGGGAUAUGAUACAUGACAUGGUAGAGGACAUCACUGGGGAUAUGAUGAUACAUGACAUGGUAGAGGACAUCACAGGGGAUAUGAUACAUGACAUGGUAGAGGACAUCACGAGGGAUAUGAUACAUGACAUGGUAGAGGACAUCACUGGGGAUAUGAUACAUGACAUGGUACAGGACAUCAUGGGGGAUAUGAUACAUGACAUGGUAGAGGACAUCACUGGGGAUAUGAUACAUGACAUGUUAGAGGACAUCACGAGGGAUAAGAUACAUGACAUGGUAGAGGACAUCACUGGGGAUAUGAUACAUGACAUGGUAGAGGACAUCACAGGGGAUAUGAUACAUGACAUGGUAGAGGACAUCACUGGGGAUAUGAUACAUGACAUGGUACAGGACAUCAUGGGGGAUAUGAUACAUGACAUGGUACAGAACAUCAUGGGUGAUAUGAUACAUGACAUGGUACAGGACAUCAUGGGGGAUAUGAUACAUGACAUGGUACAGGACAUCAUGGGGGAUAUGAUACAUGACAUGGUACAGGACAUCAUGGGGGAUAUGAUUACCAUGGAAGAGGACUUUAGUGGGCGCCUGAUUCGUCUGGAAUAG